AUGAAAAUAAUGAAGAAAAAAGUGGCUGGAGAAGAACAGACACGAGACUUCAAAUCGAAGUGUCUUUUGGCUUCACAUAGAAUCGUUCUUCCCAAUAAUCCAUUCCUCCAUCGAUUCUGGUGUGUGUGUGUGUUAGAAAGCUUCAUAAGACAAACCUGCAAAUCAAUUUUGGAGUAUGUGUUUGUGUGUGUGUACGUGAGUGUGAAGGAGAAGAGGGGACAAUCUUCACUUGCAACAGUGUCUGCGUCUCGUGAGGCGUUGGGACUGGGAGGUAAAUAUCGACAAGCUAAAAGCGUAAGCGCCAAGGAUCUUGAGAAUACCAAUCGCCAAACCUAUCAAUCAUCUAGACAACCGAAAUAUGUAGAGAUCGAGGAGCCUUUAAUCGACUGGUUAAAGCUACUGCACGUGUUUGCUAUAUUAUCUAAUAAUCCAAAUUCCGAUUUGUGUUACUUCAAGUGUUUGCGUCUUUAUGGUGGGCUUUUGAUUUCUGAGUGGGGUUUUGGUGAUCUGUUGUAUGUUCCACAUCAUAUACAGAUGGUCAUAGUUGCAACCGGUCUAAGGGCAAUUAUGUAUGAACUCAAGGGUUCAUCAGGUUAUGAAAUUUACAGUGUUGUGGAUAAAAGUAUCAUUGAAGAGUCAAGAUAUUGUUCACAGAUGAACUCUUAUUGUGCUUAAAGUGUGAAAACGGUUUAAUUGGAGUAACAGUGAUGAAAAUAAGUAAUUCUUUGUCCUUUGACUGAAGUUUAGUUGUAGAAACUUUUUGAUAAGUGAUAGCAUCCCCUGUUCUGGGAAUAAAAUAAAAGAAAUGGACAUGGUAAAUGGAGUUUGCUUGCUGUUGAGAUUUUGUAAUUGAAAAGUACAUAAUAUUUUUAUUUUUAGUGUUUUGAUAAUAUAUGAAUUAACAAUUUAAUUGUU